GUUCUCCAGACAGAAUUCCUGCUCUUCUGCGCUGCUGUUGCUCGUGGCAAGCAGGCUGCGUUUAACAUUGGAUAAGUGAUCGUCUUUCAGACUAACAUACGAUUCCCCUCGUCCCCGUUCUUGGAAUGCAAGUCUUAGCAUUGUUUCCCCCCUCAUAAAUCAAAUGAUAACGUUAAUCCCGUAGUGGAAAGUGUUUACUAAUCUCUGGGAAUGUUUUCGGUCAUAUCGCUAUGGAUUGAGUCUUUUUCAAACGGCUGAACAAUUUAGAGGAUCAGUCUUUCGCGUGAGUGUUUGACUACCUACCUACACGAAGACCGGGCGAGCCAACUAACGUUAACGUUAGGCUACCUAACUUGAUGUUUCGUUUGGUCUGUUCAGGAAAAAAACUGGUCCCGAAUGUCUUCACGUAUUGCAAAGGUUAUACUCGGGAAGAUUCUUCGGCUUAUUAUCUAGGAAAAGGCGUGUGUUAGGGACUUCAGUCACAAUACGGAUUUUCUUCGAGGGAUUUUCUGAGAGGAUUAUUUUUUUUUAAAGUGAUGGCCGAGCGGGGAGCAGAUUUGCUGCUCUCUCUCAUCUGUCUCACCUUUCUACACCCGCUUAACAUGGCCGUUCAUGUCGACAAAGAGUCAACAGUGCCUCAAUUCAUUCCAUUUGGUUUCUCUGUGGAACCAGUGGACAUACUUGUGGUACGAGGUGGACCGGCCAUACUAAACUGCUCAGUUGACAGCCCAGUAGCUGCUCGGGUAGAGUGGAAGAAAGAUGGUAGCUUCUUGAGGCUGCAGGCAGAUGAGCGACGACACCUCCUGGACGACGGCUCACUGUUCAUCUCGUCAGUGCUGCAUUCAAAACACAAUAAACCUGAUGAGGGUAUUUACCAAUGUGUGGCAUCCAUCCAGAACAUGGGCACUAUAAGUAGUAAGACAGCACGGCUCAGCGUGGCAGGUAUACCUAGGUUCUCCAGUCAGCCUGAAGCAGGUCUUGUGAAACAUGGUGACAACCAUGUAUUCUUAUGCGACAUUAAUCAGGACCUUGUGGCUUUUUCCCGCUGGGAACUCAACCGGCAGCCCAUAUUGCUUGAUCAGAGGGUCUUUCAGCUGCCCAGUGGGGCACUGGUUGUCAGCAAUGCCUCUGAUGCCGAUGCCGGACUUUAUCGCUGUGUGGUUGAAACAGGGGGUGCAGUGAAAAACAGUGAAGAGGCGGAGCUUAAAGUCAUAUCUGAAACCGCAGAACGAAGAAAGCUUGAAUUUUUGAAGACGCCCUCAGCCAUGUCCAGAGUGCUAGGGGACAGUGUACUUCUUCCCUGUGUGGUGACAGGGUAUCCUGCUCCCUAUGUUAGAUGGAUGUUUAAUGACCAGCUCAUUGAGGAGAGUGAGGGACGUUUUGAAAUUGUUGGUGGGGGAAGUUUGCAUGUUCUCAACCUAACUGAAGAGGAUGCUGGGACAUUCAGUUGCCUUGCAGACAAUGUGAAUGACUCCAUAGAGGUUCAGGUUGAGCUUAAAAUUCAAGUUCCUCCCCAGUUCCUGAAAAAGCCAGUGAACACCUAUGCUCAUGAAUCAAUGGAUAUCAUCUUUGAGUGUGAAGUAACAGGUUCACCUGCACCGACUGUUAAAUGGGUCAAGAAUGGAGAUGCGGUCAUCCCCAGUGACUACUUCAAAGUAAUUAAGGAGCACAAUCUCCAGGUGCUUGGACUGGUGAAAUCCGAUGAAGGCUUCUACCAGUGUAUGGCUGAGAAUGAUGCUGGCAAUGUACAAGCCAGCGCCCAGCUCAUUAUUCUGGAUCAUGAUGUGUCCCUGCCCUCCCCCUCAUCCCCCUCACUGAUCAGUGCCACUACUGAACAUGUAACACCAGGCUCUGGUGGCAGCGAUGGACCUACACCCUCAGCCCCACGUGAUCUUGUGGCUUCGCUCGUGUCCACCCGCUUCAUUAAGCUGACCUGGAGACAGCCAGCUGAGACCCAUGGGGAAGAAGUUUCCUACUCCGUCUACUACAGCCAGGAGAGUAUGAACAGGGAACGCAUAGUGAACACCAGUCAGCCUGGAGAGAUGCAGGUCACCAUCCAGAACCUCAUGCCUGAUUGCAAGUACACCUUCCGGGUGGUUGCACACAAUAAUAAUGGUGUGGGUGAGAGUUCCAAUGCCCUGACUGUCGCCACACAGCCUGAAGUUCAAGUACCAGGACCAGCUCCCAAUCUUCAAGCCGUGGCCACCUCCCCUACCUCAGUUACUGUAAGCUGGGACAUCCCUCUCACAGGCAAUGGAGAGAUUCAGACCUACAAGCUUUACCACACUGCAAAAGGCCAAGACACAGAGCAGGAAAUCGAUGUAAGAGGUCUGUCUUACACCUUAAGUGGGCUGAAAAAAUUUACAGAGUACAGCUUCCGGGUGGUGGCUUAUAACAAACAUGGACCAGGAGUGUCCACAGAUGAUGUGAUGGCGCAGACAUUUUCUGCUGUACCAAGUGCCCCACCACAGAAUGUGACUGUAGAGGUUCUGAACUCAAAGAGUAUCAUGGUACGAUGGCAACCACCCCCUGCAGAUGAUCAGAAUGGGGAGAUUACUGCAUAUAAAAUCCGCUACCGUAAGGGGGCCCGAAAAAGUGAGGCGUCAGAAAUUGUUGCAGGGACACAGCUCCACAAACUCCUUGACAAUUUGCAGCGCGGAACUGAAUAUUCCGUACGAGUGACUGCUAUGACGUUAAAUGGGUCAGGUCCAGCCUCAGAUUGGGUUACUUCUGAGACGUUUGAGAGUGACCUUGAUGAGUCAAGAGUUCCAGACAUCCCCAGCUCCUUGCAUGUGCGACCUUUGGUCAACAGCAUAGUGGUGAGUUGGACUCCUCCAGAGAACCAAGAUAUCGUGGUCAGAGGUUACAGUAUUGGCUAUGGUAUCGGCAGCCCUCAUGCUCAGACUAUAAAAGUGGACUACAAACAGCGGUACUACAGCAUUGAGAACCUAGAUCCAAGUUCCCACUAUGUGAUCACUUUGAAGGCUUUCAAUAAUGUUGGAGAAGGUAUACCUGUCUAUGAGAGUGCCAUCACCCGGCCCCAAUCAGACCCCAUAGACCCUGAUGUUGAUUUGUAUGAAUUGUUCCAUGCUCCAUACACUCCAGUCCCAGACCCUACCCCCAUGCUGCCCCCAGUGGGAGUGCAGGCCUCCGUGCUCAGCCAUGACACAGUCAAGGUCAGCUGGGCUGACAACUCGCUACCCAAGAAUCAGAAGAUCACAGAUGCCCGUUAUUAUACAGUGCGCUGGAAAACUAACAUACCAGCCAACACCAAGUUUAAGAUGGCCAACACUACUACCUUGAAUCAUAUGGUUAGUGGACUGAAGCCCAACACACUAUAUGAGUUUUCGGUCAUGGUAACUAAAGGACGGAGAAGCAGUACUUGGAGCAUGACUGCCCAUGGCACAACAUUUGAGAGCAUUCCCAGCUCUUCCCCAAAAGAUGUGACUGUUGUUAGCAAGGAGAGCCGGCCAAGAACCAUCAUAGUGAACUGGCAGCCUCCUUCUGAAGCCAAUGGAAAAAUUACAGGGUACAUAAUCUACUACAGCACAGAUGUCAACGCAGAGGUGCACAACUGGGUAAUUGACCCUAUAGUUGGCAACAGACUAACUCAUCAGAUCCAAGACCUCACGCUGGAUACCACAUACUUCUUCAAGAUUCAGGCUCGCAACUCCAAGGGCAUGGGCCCCAUGUCAGAGGCUGUACAAUUCCGUACACCUAAAGCUGAAUCCUCAGACAAAAUGCCUAAUGACCAAGCUUCUGGCCUCCCAAAACCCGGUAGCCGACUACCACCUCCAGAAGGAAAUGGAGUCGUUGGGAAGACAGGCUUGUCUGGUGCCAGUGAGAACCACAUUCUGGUAAUCAUCAUAAUAAUCUCAGUGGGGGCCUUUACCAUCAUAGUGGUGGUGGUUGGAGCAUUUCUAUGCACUCGACGCACAACCUCUCAGCAGAAGAAGAAACGAGCUGCAAUUAAGUCCACCAAUGGGUCACACAAGUACAAAGGCAACUCCAAGGAUUUAAAGCCACCAGAUCUGUGGAUACACCACGAGCGGCUAGAGCUUAAGCCUAUGGACAAGUCUCCUGACCCCAACCCAGUCAUGACGGACACUCCUAUUCCACGUACGUCUCAGGAUAUCACUCCUGUUGACAGCACCUUGGACAAUCCAGUGCUUCAGAGACGUAAUUCAUAUCGUGGCCAUGAGUCAGAAGACAACAUGUCUACAUUGGCAGGCCGUCGGGGAAUGAGGCCUAAGAUGAUGAUGCCUUUUGACACUCAGCCUCCUCAGCCUGUGAUCAGUGCCCAUCCCAUCCAUUCCCUUGAUAACCAUUAUCACCAUUAUCACCUGGAUACCCUGGCCUCACCCACUCAUGGCCACCUGCAUCACCAACACAGCCCUCGGUCCAUCACCACCCCCAUCUCUCAUCUAGACGGGUCCAAUUCCACAGGUGAGACAGAGUCAGUGAGCCGCAACAUUGCCAGUACGGAGCUGCUCCCCGCAGCCUCUGCACAACCUAUCUACUCAGUGGAACCCUCUGAGACAGAUGUCAGCUACCACAGUUCAGCUGCUGAAGAUGAGCCAAAUACGUACCCACCCACUGCCCAUGUGCGACCAACACACCCACUCAAGAGUUUUGCUGUGCCAGCCAUAACUCCUCACAACGCUAACUUUGAGUCACCAGCUUUGCCUAGCACCCCUCUACUUGCGCAAACAGGGCCUCAUUCGGUUAAGACUGCUUCCAUUGGCACACUAGGAAGAACCCGACCCCCCAUGGCUGUUACAGUGCCCAGUGCCCCAGAUGUGCCAGAGAGCAGCAAGAUGUUGGAGGAUCCAGAAAAUAGCUACAAGACAGAUGUGCUGACAGAGGAGAUGGCUCAUCUGGAGGGCCUUAUGAAAGACCUAAAUGCCAUCACUACCACCUGAGCACAGCACCUUUGUAACUCCAGUGAAGUCUCAUACACUACAGACUCAUAAAUAGGAUGACCUUUAAAAUGAACACAAGAACAUCAAAAGAAAAAAAAAACAGAAAAUAAACUUAACAUUCUGGCUAACCUUGCUUAGUCUCAGGAAGGAGAUGGCCAUGUUAUCAACUGUUUGCUUUUUUAAACUAAAGGGGAAGGUGCCAACAUUCUCAGAGGACCGUAAUAUCAGUUCAAGCAAGAAGAUUUCAAUACUUUUUUCUUAUCCUCAGCAAGAAGAUUUUUUCUUCAAUUUGAUUGCUAUGGAGUCAGCUGUAAAAGACAAUUUUCUCAUGCUAGAAGAAAAAGGAAAAUGACAGCAUUUUAUUUUUCAUGUUGGUGCUUUGAACAUUCAAGUGUUUUCCCUGCAAUUUCAUAUGUAUAUUGCUCAUAUUCUCCAUGUUCAUGUAAUUUGUUUUUGUUCUUUUUGUAUGCAGCAUUUGUUUCCUUUUUUUGGUAUGUCAUAUAUUGUGCCAUGUCUUAGUUAUUUUCUGAAAUGUGUAUUGUGAUAUACAAAUAACCUAUAGAUUUGUAUAUAAGUUAAACCUCCUUUGUGCUGUUACUCUUAUUUUCAGCAUUGUCUGUGCGAGAGUAUUCACACUCCAGUUCGCUCCAUUUGGGAUGUGCUGUGUUUUUUUCAAUGUGUGUGCCCACAUCCUUCCACCAAGAUGCAUCAUAGACCUUUUGUGUGACCCUUUUCAAAGAUGGCCUUAUUAUUUUUCUUAUAUUUAAAAUGUUUUUGUAUCAAGUUGUCAUGGAACAUAUGAUGUUCUUUCAUUAAGAGGUACUACAUAAUACUGUGACUCCUGAUGGAUUAGUCCUGAAUUCCCAAAAUGCUGUCUAAUUUGUCAAUCACACAGACCUAACACAGGUGUGGUGGUCGCAAGUCAUAUCAGAAUCGUAUCUUCCUGUUGACCAACAGUCAGGCUUGUUCAGGCAGCCAGUCUAUCAACCAAACUUACCUACUGCCUGCUCCAUGUAAUUGUAGUUGGAAAGUAGAAAUUUAGAGAUUUAAUUUUCUUAACAACUGAAAAUAUUGUGCACUGUCUGAGAUUCUCCCCACUCACGUUAUCAGAAUGAAGUUCUUUUCGCAUCAGUGCACUUUUGGAGUACAUAGAAUUAACAAAAGUGUAACGAGUCCUAAUUCAGCUUUUUUAAACAUGUCAUUUUAUAUGAAGAAAAUACUAUGUUCUUGAAUUUAAAAAAGAAAGUCUGCGUGAAUGGAAGAAGAAGAUUAUGUUCCCUUGGGACAGUGUUUUUUACAUACCUGUUGCCCAAAGAAGAAAUGUCAUCACAAUCAUUUUGUUCUACUUUUUCAUGUCUCAUGUACAACUUAUUGAAUGUCAAGGUGAUUGUAACAAGUUGGGUUUCAAGGAACAUAUAAAAUGCCCAGCCAGGAUGGGUCAAAAAGAAGAAAAAAAACAUGUUUGGUAGCCUGUUGAGUUGUAGAUGGUCAUACUCUUAUUGCACUUUUUCCGAUUUUUUAAAAAAAAGAAAGCAUUUCUUACAUAUCCCGUUUGGAAUGAACUAGCUCUCUUUGUGUAAUGUAGUGUCAUAGCUUAGCUGUUGGCAGCUGGUGUUGUUUCUUUGUAUAUUUGCCUCUGAAAUGGAAUUUAGCAACCACUUUACACGUGUUGCAGCAGAGUACUUCUACGCUUAUUUCUGUACAAAAUCUCCUUUGCUGUCUGUAGAAUGUACUGUGGGAUUUUUAAGCACAGAAAAAAAUCUGAAAACAGUACGAACUAGUUUGUUUGCUUGAUCUCCCAAAACAUUCUUGAUACAACUGUCAUAUGCCAUUAUGAAAUCAACUGUGUGUACAGUAUGUAGCUCUGGGUUUAUAUGAUCCAUAUGCCAAGUUUGUACUCAGAGGGAUCAUCCUCAAAGGGUCAACCUCAAAGUUACCACAGCAAAGCCUGAAAUAAGCAGAGGAUGGCCUUUUUAGAGAUAUCCAUUGAAGUUCUCAAAAGUGCAGUCAUUGGUUGUUAUCCAUCACACUUUUUGUUGAAUUCAGUGAAAUUAUCCUCGUGUUUAUCUGUC